AUGGACGUUAAUAAGGCGUUAAAUGGCCUAAUUGCCGAUUAUGGCCCUCAGACCGAUGAGGUACUGCAGCAACCAAAAACUGGCGAAGUUCUGAAUCGAUUAAAACGCAGAUAUGAUGAAGAUUCAUCCACCGAAUUCGGUCCUCCACCGAAGAGUUUCAAGGACAAGUAUCUGAAUGAGGACAGCAGGAGCAGCUGCAGCAUUCCGAGUUUGAAGGACGAGGAUACUAAGGGAUCUAUAGAAUCGAGGUACUUUCCGGAACUCGGACCCAAGGAAAAUCCUAACCAGCUGCUUUUCAACUUGCAUAUCGAGCGGGAAAACCGCAGAGAAAUAAAUAAUAAUUUCUAUGGAAGAAAUUACUUAAAUUUGUAA